UCGCGGAAGUUUGCUGACAAAUCUGUAACGCUACGGACAUCAGAUGCGGUAGUGAGUGACACCGACUGUAAGCAGAGUCUGUAUGUCUAAAGAGCCUGAAUCACGGAGCUGAAAGGGAUAAAGUGUGGGGAAUAUCAGUGAUGGGGAACGCGGAGAGCGGCGGUGCAGGGAGCGGUGACGAGGAGGACAUCGAGGCGGAGAGCCCGAGUUUCACGGAGGGCGGCACGGCCUCUGCGGCGGCGCCGGGAGUCGGGACUGGUGGCGGCGGUAAUAACACAGCAACAAGAGGAUCGGGGCGCAGCGGCAGCAGCAGGGGUUCAGCUCACGCUCCUGUAGCGAGCUCCGGCCUGCCGUCUCCAGAGGCCCUGAUGGAGCAGGUGAGGCUGAGAGAGGCGGCGGGCCGCACCGGUGAAACCGCCACUCUCACCGUGUCGGAAUCUGCCAUCGCCCGCAACGAGAGCGCGCUGGUGCGCUGGCUGGAGGAGCGACUCGGCCGCGGCGAGGAAGCGCUCACACUGGAGCAGUUCUGUGACAUGCUGGAGAGCAGAGACGCGCAGAGGGAAGAGUGUGAGGAGGCUUUCGGUCAGUUUGAUGCCGAGGGCGAUGGGGUAGUUGAUGUCGAGAGCAUGCUCAUGGCCCUGAAGAACAGCAACGGCGCAAAUCUGCAAGGAGAACUCAGUCACGUGAUCAGACAGCUGCAGGCCUGCUCUCUGACUCCAGGAUUUGUGGACAUCUUCUCCAAGUCAAAAGACCGGAUCAGUGCACAUGCCUCAAAGAUCCUGAAGUUCCUGCACAGGAAUCGCAUCCCAAGCAAUGCAAUUCCCUUUCCUGUUCUAGAAGGCUACAAUAGCAUCACCUCCAUGAGGGCCGCAGUGCUGCAGGACUACCUAGAUCACCUUCUGCAGAAAGAGAAAGACCUAGACAUUCAGUAUGGGACAGAGCUGACCCAGGGCCCCGAAGUGGAUCGGGUCAAGGUGGUCUCUCAGUGCUACUGCUCCAUUGAGGCCUCGUCCAACGGUGCAGACGUCCACAGGAUGACCAACGGUGAAACCGUGUCCUAUUGGCAGUCUGAUGGCAGCGCGCGCUCCCACUGGAUCAGGUUAAAACUGAAGCCAGAUGUGGUGCUAAGGCGGUUGGCCAUCGCCGUAGCCUCCAGCGAUCACAGCUACAUGCCGCAGCUGGUGUCCGUGUCGGUAGGAAAGAGUCGACGCUCGCUGCAGGAGAUCAGAGACAUUCGCAUCCCCAGCAACGUCACAGGCUACGUGCCUUUGCUGGACAACGCCAACAUCUCUCAGCCAUAUGUUCAGAUCAACAUUAAGCGGUGUUUAAGCGAUGGCUGUGAUACACGUAUCCACGGCCUGAAGACCAUGGGCUACCAGGUGACUAAGAGUAGAGAGGUGUCCGUGUCCGACGCCUCGGCCAUCUGGUACCUGUCUCUGCUCACCUCACUGGUGACAGCGUCUAUGGAGACCAACCCUGCCCUCGCCAACACCGUCCUCCAGAGCACACAAAAAGCUCUAGAGCACAUGCCACCUCUGUCUUUAACGCCGUCCUCCACCGAGUUCCCCAAGUUCUUCUCACCGAACAUCCUGGAAGAGGUGGAUGCCUUCCUCCUCCGGAUCGCAGAUUGCUGUGUGACUCCAGAUGCUGAGUUGACUCUUUUGGCAUUCGCUCUCGCUCGAGGCAGCGUGAUGAAGGUCUUGAUGUCUCUAUCUGGGAUGUGUGAGCGAGUGGACUCCGAAUAUCGCUCUGCCCUGCUGUUGGCCUCCAUGGCCUCGGUCCGGCUCAGCCUUCUCUACCGCAACGGAAAAACUUUACAGUUACGUUUACAAGCGUGUGACGUGAAGAGUCGAGAUGAUAAAUGUGGCCCAGAAAACAUGCUGACGGAUCCGUCUACAGGAGACGGUUUUCUCACAGAGAGCGGGAAGAAGAAAGCCAGCGUGAUUCUCUCCACCGAGGACCAGACGUGUUUCCAGGUCACACAGAUCCGAAUCAAAGUACGGAAAGGGGCCAUCGGCGCUAAAUGUGGCCUGGUGUUUGCUUACAACGACUCGGAAGCUUUUGAUGCAGACAAGCACUUUAAGAAGUUCCGGAAGUACGACUCCUGGGAUUUUAAGGACUACAAGGAGUUUAUCCAAGACAAACUUUCUAAUAAAGGAGGAACAGAGGUGAGAGAGGAGAAUCCUGUCGGCUGGUUUGAGCUGGAAGAUGACUGGAACGAUGUGGAGAUCAAGCUACAGCAGUGCCGGGUUGCAAAUUUCCUCAUGGUGAAGUUCAUAUGCGCGAGGCAGGACUCGGCCGAGCGGCUCGGGGUUCAGCAGCUAUCCUUUAGCGGCUACUUGUGUCCUGAUUUUGAAAGACUGGAAGAAGAGGAGGAGCUGAAUUCCCGUACACAAGUGGGCAACCCAGGCCUGGUCACAGGUCUCACACUCAUCAGAAAGACUCUUUACUUCAUCCAGCAGCUCACUCGAGACAUGGACAUGAUGCUACACAAGCCAAAGUCUUUGUUAGACUUCAGUGGGCUGACCUUGCCACUCUUCUGGGACUUCUACAGAAAACUCAGGUCAAUAGAGGGAGAGGAGGGGAUGAAGGCUCAGGUCCUCCUGCUCCAGCUCCUUCAGAACUGUUUCCCAGCUCUUCCUGCCUUGCCAGAGUCCCGGGACUCAACAGAGAACACUUCAUCAUCAUCAUCAUCAUCAUCUUCUUCAUCAUCAUCAUCAGCCACAGCAUCAGUGAGCACAGAUGUGGAUCCAGCAGAAGCUGUAGGGGAGCUGUAUAGCCACCUCUGUCAGGUUGUAGAUGGGCCUGAAGGAGAGUCUGCAGUGGAGAAAUCUCUGAGGAAACAGGCAGUGAAGUGCAUCCUGAGCGGCGCUGCCAUCUUCUACCCAGACAAACAGAGCCGGCGAAACAAACUCUUUGACAUGAUGAAGAACCUGACCGGGGAAGAUCAGCCCGAGUCAACUAAGCUGACAUUCGAGUCACUCUGUAAUUAUUUCAGUGAACAGGACCCGAGCGGUCUGCUGCUUCUGCCUCCUAAAGGAGCAGCUGCUGACUUUGACAUCUCCCCCAUUCUCAGUGUUAUGGACACUUUGCUUCUCGUGGCCAAUAGAGAGUGUGAGGUGAUGAUGGACAGCUCUGGAGGACACAGCCGGAAGGUCCUGCUCUCUCUGUUCUGGGCUCUGCAGGGCAGUUUGCUCUCAUGGUGCUUCCUACAGCUCAAAGGAGGCGCGACCACAGCAUGCGAUCUGGCCAGAGACGUCCUGAUCAAAUAUGUUGCACAGUUCCUCGCCAGCACCCGAACCAUGCUGAGCUCCCUGCUGGAGAGGUACACCGCUAGUGACAUCAUCACCAAGCUCAGCAACUCCAUCGUCUCUAUGGCAACCAGGCAGCUGACGAUCUUCCUGUUGGAGAUGUGCACUCUGGACGUUCCUCACUGCAUCAUCCUCAGGAGCUGCUUCUCUCUCCUGGAGCUGCUGAAGAAGCUGUCCAACGGUGUAGGAGACUCCUCCCUGGGUGGUGUAGACGGGUGGCAGCACCCUCAGCAGCCGGUGGUGUUGAGGACGUGGCACAUGGAGUCCGCUCACAAUUACGAGGACAGUAAACACGAGAACACCGUGUUCCUGUGUCCCGGUGCGACGUAUUUCGAGGUGGAUUUUGACGAACGCUGCGAGACAGAGAAGAGGUACGACUAUUUGGAGUUUACGGACUCCAGAGGAGGCAAAGUGCGCUAUGACAUGAAAGUUGGCUCUGAGAAGUGGCCAAAGAAAGUCACAUUUAAAGCAGGCCACCAGCUGCAGUUCCUGUUCCACUCAGACAGCAGUAACACCGAGUGGGGCUACAAGUUCACGGUGACGGCGUUCGGUCUCCCAGACAUCAGCGUCUCCUGGAUCUCGGACCUGCAGCUCCUCGUGUCGAGGCUGAUGGGCCGUCUGGCUUCGCGCACCAUGGCGCUCAAAUCCACACACGACGUUCACAGUGUGAAGGAGCUUCCUGCGGCCAUGAUGAACCACGUGAUUUCCUCUGCACUGUGGAAGCCCGUGUUCAUGCACGGCUUGAGCAGACCGGCCCGAAGCCGAGAGCCUGAACGCUGUGGCGACGACAUGCAGCAGACAAAACUUGUCUCCUCUGGAGAUGACCUGGUGGAGUUCCUGGUGGACUUCGCACGCUGGGAUCCUUCCGGCGAGUCACAUGACGAAAGAGCGGAGCUUAUGAGGAACCUCAUGCUGUAUUGCAAGAAGCAGCUGGUCAGGAGCGAGAUUGCUUCGGGGUCGAAGGUCGAUCAGGCUGUAAACGCGAUCUGGGCGGCUAUGAUAUACCACACCCCAGCUCUUCAGACUUCACUCAGGAACUUUGUGCUAAAGCCGGGGCAGAUUGGUGUGUGUGACGACCUCGUGCAGGUCUACAUGCUCGCUGAUGGCAUCAGGACAUGGAUGUUGGAGAUGAAGCAGCGCUCCCUGCUGGUCAAAAUGAACGGCUCAGGAGAGAAAGGGGACAGUCAAGGAGAAGUUACACCAGAGUCUUUGGCUGAGAUCUGCAUCAGUAAGAGUUUGCUGUUGUUCAGGUUCAGCCCCGGUGCUGGCAAUGUCUCUGCACCUCCUCUGUGUCCGGAUGCGUGUAAACCAGCAGAGAGUCCCGUUGUCCCGGCUCUCCCUCACUCUGCGUCUGUAUCAGAAGGUGAUUUCCAGGCCUGUCCUUCCUCUUCCUCCCAGAGUCCUACAAGGGCAGAGGCUCAGCAUCCUCAGAUCUCUGCUUCCUCGGAUCUUGCUGCUUCCAGCAGUGCCAGUGCUCAGGGUUCUAGAGGAUCCACAGAGAGCCUUCACUCUCAGUGCGGAGAACCCGUGUCCCCGCUGACCUUUUCCCGCAGAUUGCCGUUUAGCCGCGGCCGCCUCAGACUGCUCUCCUACCGCUCGAUUGAGGAAACGCGUCCCAUCCCGUCAGUCAAAGAGAGAUUCUUAAUCCUCAAACACAUCUUCAGCUUCAUGAAGGACAUGGUGAUUAGUGAGAGCAGUGUUCUCAAGACUCUAGCUUUAAAAAAGUCCCAGGCUCUGAGUGUGUGUGAAGUUUUAGACGUGGUGCAGCAGUGUUUACUGUCCCUGGGGAAUCCUCACCUCUUCCAGGCUCCCUGUAUUCUGUUCCUGCAGGAGCUGCUCGCCUGCCAGAAAGACUUCACCAAUUAUUUCUCCCAGUUGUCCGGCUGUGGACCGGAUCUGAAGGAGCAGGUCAGGUCGUCCUACCAUCAGCUCAUCCGCAUGCUCGUAGAAGCCGUGCAAGGAUUCAGCAAGCUCGGUGACAAGGUGCUGUUGCCAGCGUUGUCGUGUGUACAGACGUGUCUACUUCACCUGCUGGGGAUGAGCUGGGAAGUUCAAGACCUGCCUCUUUUUGAAGACAUCAAGUUACCUGAUCUGCUGCUCACCAUGUCUCAGGAGAACAUCAGCGUACAUGACAUCGCCAUCAGUCAGUGGACAGAAGAGGACGAGAUCUCCGACUACGAGAGGAACACGGAGUGGAUGGACGAGUGCAUGGACGGCAUGUUUGAGAAAUGGUUCGACAAGAUUUCCCAAGCCUCAGCAGAGGAGAAGAGAAAGAUGCACAUGUUCAUCGCUCGCUACUGCGAUCUGUUGAACGUGGAGAUCUCGUGUGAUGGGUGUGAGAGAAUCGCUCCUGGACACCGCUACCGCUGUCUGCAGUGCACCGACAUGGACCUGUGCAAGACCUGCUUCCUCAGCGGUGCCAAGCCUGAAGGACAUGAGGACGAGCACGAGAUGGUAAACAUGGAGUAUGCUUGUGAUCACUGCCAGGGUCUCAUUGUAGGCAGCAGAAUCAACUGCAACGUCUGCGAGGACUUUGACCUCUGUUUCGGCUGCUACAAUGCCAAAAAAUACCCAGACAGUCACCUGCCUACCCACCGGAUCACCGUCUACCCCAUGGUAACCAUCCGCCUCAGCGAUCGGCACCGGCUCAUCCAGCCAUACAUCCAUAACUACUCCUGGCUCCUGUUCACCUGCCUGGCCUUGUUCACCUCAGAGCUGAUGAGCGAGUCAAAGGAGCCCGUGGUUCAGUGUCACGCUGCUGCGCUGCAGAGCCGCUGCUCCCAGCUCAUUACUGAGUGUUUGAUGAAGGGCCAGACAGGAAAAGGUUUGCGAGCUUCAGCUCUAUUGUCGUUGCUCUCCUCUACUGAGCCGGAGCCGUGUCGUCUCAGCCCAGAGCUCAGUCAGGAGCUCAGUAUCUCAGACACUUCCUCUCUACCAGGUAGCACUGCAGCGAUCUGCUCUCCACCUUCCUCGCUCUUUAAAACAUUGUCUGCAGAGGAGACAGGGGGGCGGGGCCAGCUGGUUUCCCAGGAUACACUGGACUCUCCGUCACUGUCCAGUGAAGACACGCUGUCUCCCGAGCUCAGAGCUGCUGACUCCAGUGGUGAUACCAUCACAUCUCCUACCUCUGAGCAUGUGGACAACAAAGAGCAGGAAGACGAGACGGAGCUGAAAGGACCUCUGCAGGAGCAGGUGUUUGCAGAGUGUUCCAGGGAGAGGAUUCUGGGAUUGCUGGCAGCCAUGUUACCUUCAGCCAAACCGGGCACCACAAUUUCCCUCUCUGGUCUGAGCCCUAUUCUGCCUCUGCUCUUCCGUGUGGUCAUCUCCAACGCGGGAUGUCUGAACGAAGCCUACCACCUGACACUCGGACUCCUAGGGCAGCUGCUUCUGCGCAUCUUACCUGCCGAGGCAGACGCAGCCGUCACCGAGGCUCUUUCUGAAAAAUACGAGCUGCUGGCGCCGGCUAACGGAGCGAUCAACGACAUACAAGGCUGGAAAACCACUCAGCUUUUGUUCAGCCUUGGAGCUGUGUGUCUGGACAGUCGUAUUGGUUUAGACUGGGCGAGCUCGGUAGCGGACAUCUUGAGAAACCUGAACGCGUGUCCUCAGUGGUCCGACGUUAUCGCUAUCUUCACUGAUCACUGCAUUAAGCAGCUACCACACCAAUUCAAACGCUCCAACAUCUUCACUCUGCAUGUCCUGGUCAUCUUCCCUGAGGUGCUGUGUAUGGGAACUCAGUCGGUGUUCCUAGACAACGCUAACGAGCAGCACAACAUCAUCCUGCUCAAACACUUCACCAAGAAGAACCGAGCCGCCGUCGUCGACGUCAAGACGCGUAAAAGGAGAACGGUGAAGGAUUACCAGCUGAUGCAGUCUGAUGAGAGUCUGGCUCUGUCCAGUCAUUACCUGAAGGAUUUCAUCUCCGUCGUGAGCCAGCUGCUGCAGAACGGGGUAGAAAGCAGCACCCCGGAUGCUGUGGAGGCAACCUGGGUGCUCUCACUCGCCCUCAAAGGCCUUUACAUCAUCCUUAAGAAGCACGGCAGCGAGCAGGUCCAGCAGGCCAUGCACAGCGCUGGCCUCAUGCAGUUGCUGGUACGCAAAUGCAGUAAGGGCACUGGCUUCAGCAAGACAUGGCUGUUGCGUGACCUGGAGAUCCUUUCCAUCAUGCUCUACUCGUCUAAACGCGAGAUCCACUUCAUGGCCGAAGAGAGCGAGAGCGGCGAGCGAGAGGAGGACAGAGAGAAGGACAAAGGGCACGACUCGGACCUUUCCAGCUGCUGCGCCGAAGACGCCGAUCCGCUCGAGGGGCUGGAUGAAGAGACCAAAGCCUGCUUCCAGCUUACUCAUGAUGCUCUAAAUGCUCCUCUGCACAUCCUGAGAGCUUUGUAUGAGCUCCAAAUGAAGAGGACGGACUCGUUUUUCCGGGAAGUGCAGAAACGGUUUGACGGAGACGUGAUAAAGACAGACGAGACGAUUCGGACGCUGGCACAGAAAUGGCAGCCUGCUAAGCGUACGCACUCGGACGAGCGUCAUGCGAAGGCCGUGGACACGGACAUGAUCAUCACACCCUGCGUGCUGAAGCCAAGCCGCUGCGAGACGGCCACAGAGGAGACGAACGCAGUGACGCAGAAGCUGAUCACCAUCACGGAAAGCGAGCUGCAGCUCAGUUAUGCCAAGCAGCGGCGCACCAAGAGCUCAGCGCUGCUGCACAAGGAACUGGAUGCGCGCAGUAACAAGGCAGUGCGCCACUACCUGUUCCGUGUGAAUGAGGCCAUCAGCAUCCUGUACGCCCGGCACGUGCUGGCUCUGCUGCUAGCCCACUGGCCUGACAGUGAUCCUAUCAGCGAGGAGGACUUGGAGCUGAGUGGAGCCUCACACAUGGCCCACAUCCUCGACAUGCUCAUGCAGCUGGAGGAGAAGCCGCUGUGGGAAAAGAUCCUGCAGAAGGUGAUAAAAGGUUGCAGUCAGAGCAUGCUGGACAGUCUGUCCCUGACUGCGUGUCAGUUCAUGGAGGAGCCUGUUAUGGCCAUGCAGGUCAGAGAAUCCAAACACCCCUACGACAACAACACUAACUUUGAGGACAAGGUGCACAUCCCCGGAGCAUUUUAUCUGUCUGUGAAGUUCGAUUCUCGAUGCCAAACUGAGGAGGGAUGUGACGAGCUGCAGCUGGCCAGUAGUGCCGACUUCCAGCAGGACCUGCACACCUUUAGCGGCUCCUACCACAAAUGGGCUGAUGUGGAGAUACCAGGGGACACUCUUCACUACAGGUUUGUGUCAGACAUGAGUAAUACAGAAUGGGGCUACAAGUUCACUGUGACUGGAGGACAUCGUGGACGCUUCCAAACUGGUUUUGAGAUCCUGAAGCAGAUGUUGGCUGAUGACCAGGCUCUGGCCCAUCUGCCGCUGGCGGUCAUCUGGGAAUGGCAGGUGAGCGUGGCCUGUCGUCAGACAGGAAGUCAGCGCUUAAAGGCAAUUCACCUGCUGCUGCGGAUACUGCAGUGUCCUACUCAGUGGGGCUGUGAUCUGACCCUGCUCAGGCCACUGUGGCAGCUCUUUACCACAAUGGAAGGUGGAGUAAAUCAUGAUCCCACCAGCAUCAGCGUCCUGUUGCCACUUCAUCGAGCUCUCACUGAACUCUUUUUCAUUGCUGAGACCAAAGCCAUGGAGCAAGGCAUACUUCAGGAGUAUCUCCUCGCUCUGACAACCAACGAACAACUCGUAACACACACAGCUCAGGCACUGAAGAACAUCGCUGCCAUCAGCUUGGCCAUCAAUUACCCAAAUAAAUCCACCAGACUGCUGAAUGUUUCUCCCUGAGACGGGGAAAAUCGGGGCUGUCGGCGCCGUGUGUGUCCUCCAUCGCUGCCUUAUAGCAGGCAGGUAAAAGGUGUUCCAGGAAAGCCCCAGCGCAAGCUCGCUCUCUCUCUCUGUCUCUCUCUCUGUCUCUCUCUCUCUCUCUAUCUCUCACUCUCUCUCACAAACUCACACACACGUAUAUGCAGCGUCUUCCGUCUUCAAGGGACACUGAGAGAAGAAUUACCCUUGUUGUCGUGUCAUUUUAGUCGAUAUCAUCAGAAUUAGCAUUACGGACGGGCCAAAGGCAUAUCGCAAGAACUCGAGCAUUCUUCUUCCUCCUAUUUUUUUUCCCUUUUAUUAACCGCCCUCUUCAUUUCUUACUUGAACCAGCUCCAGUUCUGAAAGCCGGGCAGCGGUGCCGCGUGCCAAAUUUCCCAGCGUUUCCCUCAGUAAAGUCGCUCUUUCCUCCCUUUAUUUAUGCUCCUCAUCAAGCGCACCUCGGGCGAGACAAUCGAUCAGGCUGAAAGCAGGUCACCUCUCUCCGCUUUCGGCCCUAAAAAUACAAGCGACCCACACAGCCUCAUCCGUCAGGGCGGCCUGAGACUUGGGUCCAAACCAGCGACAGCCUCAGAGAGCCGCUUCGAACAGUUUAUUCACAAAUUUACAAAACGACUGUAACAAAACAUGCCUUUUUUUUUUUUUUAAUCAUUAUGAAUACUAUUAUUAUUAUUAUUAUUAUUAUUUGAAUGUUCACAUCAUCUGUAUACUGUUAUAUAUCCAUCACUUGAAAACUCAUUCUUCUACAUGAAUUUGCGCCUGGGAGGUCGCUUUGAUGUGCCACAGGAAACUGUAGCCUUAAAGCGAUCAGUAAACCGACGGGUUCAGAAUAAGGGACGACCUCGGACCUGAAAAUGAAAUAAUCUUAGUUUGUUUUUUUUUUUUUGGUUGUUUUUAUUUUUUUUUUAAUAUGCUGCUUAAUUUUCUGGUUUGAACAGUUAGACUAAUUAGAUUAAGGGAAUUGCUAUUUGAAUCCUGGUGGUAGGAGAUUACAAGUUAGUUAGUUUUUUUUUCAUUACAUAGGACAUCAACAAGCAGACGUGUGAUUAAAACUAUAUUUUUGGAUUUUAUUUUAGUGGGUUUAAACUAGAAAACGAUUAAGAUAAAUAGUCGUUGACGCCAAAGAAACUUCUCGCCUGAAAGAAAAAAAAAAAAAGUCAAGGAACGUUCCGGAAGUAGUUCCAGUAGUGCGGAUCUUCCGACAGGAUAUUUGGAUGAUAAAACAAUAGACAUUAAGGUAUUUUUUGCAUUACUGACUGAAGAUAGGGAUCAGUAGGAACGGUUGAGGUUAAACACAGACCCUUUAGUCGUCAGUAAGUUUGUUUACAAGAAGAAGAGAAAAAAAAAAAAAAAAGAAAGAAA